AUGCUUACAGUCUUAUUCUUCACAACACUUCUCGUGCUACAUGCAUCUGCAUUCCGAGAUGAACCUGUAGAAGUAGAACCUUUUGACGGAGACCUAACAGAUGUCGAGGAUUCCACAAACGAUCCGGAAAUUCUGCAUCAGCAAGAAAGCCCAGAGCCUAGAAUACUGUAUCAAGAGGAGCGGCCAGAACCUAGAAUACUGUACCAGGAGGAAGAACCAGAAUCUAACGUACAGUACAAGGAGGAAGAGCCUACAGUUCCACUUUCUCCUCAAGUGAGCAUCGAUUAA